AUGACCCUACCAGAAUCUAAAGAUUUCUCCUAUUUAUUCUCUGAUGAAGCCAAAAGUCGUAAGCCAAGUCCAUUAAAAACAUGUAUUCAUUUGUUUAAUGAUCCAAAUAUUAUCUUUUUGGGUGGUGGUUUACCAUUGAGUAAUUAUUUCCCAUGGAAAGAAAUUAGUGCCAUUUCUCCAAAACCACCUUUCCCAAAUGGUAUUGGUGCUCCAAUCAAAAACGCUGAUGAAGAAGCUAUCGAAUAUAUUAUUCCAAAGGCCAAAGCUGAAAUCAGGGAAGAAGGCGAUAUUCCACUUGAAAGAUGUCUACAAUAUGGAUUUUCCCAAGGUCAACCGGAGUUGUUAAAAUUUUUAAGAAAACAUACUGAAGUUAUUCAUAAAAUGGACAAGUAUUCUGACUGGGACGUUUUAGCCACUAUUGGUAAUACUGGUGGUUGGGAAUCCUGUUUAAGAGUCUUUUGUAACCGUGGUGAUAAUAUUUUAGCUGAGGCCCACUCCUUCUCUAGUUCCUUAAGUGCUGCUUUAUCUCAAGGGGUCAAUGUCUUCCCAAUUCCAAUGGAUGAAUUUGGUAUUAUUCCAUCUAAAUUGGAAUUUAUCUUGGAUAAUUGGAAUGAAAAAGCUCCUAAACCAAAGUUAUUGUACACGAUCCCAACAGGUCAAAACCCAACAGGUUCUUCUUUAAGUGACGAGAGAAAAUUUGAAAUUUAUCAAUUGGCUAAAAAGCAUGAUUUUAUUAUUGUUGAAGAUGAACCAUACUAUUUCUUACAAAUGGGGAAAUACGAAUCUCCAGAAACCAGAAGCUCUGUCGAGAAGAAACCAACUCAUGAAGAAUUUGUCAAUGGUUUGGCCAAAUCCUUCGUUUCUUUAGACGAUGAAGGUCGUGUUCUUAGAUUAGAUUCUUUUUCCAAGGUCUUAGCACCAGGUACCAGAUUGGGUUGGAUUGUUGGUUCAAAGAAACUCUUAACUACUUUCUUAUAUUUGCAUGAAAUGACUAUCCAAGCUCCAGCUGGUUUCACACAAACUUUGGUUUCCAAAACUUUAAAUAGUUGGGGGCAAGAUGGCUAUUUGGACUGGUUAAUCGGUUUGCGUCAUGAGUACACUGUUAAAAGAGAUACUGCUAUUGAUGCUUUGAGACAACAUUUACCUGUUGACAUUAGAGACAAAACUACCAACGAACCUUUGGUUGUUGUUAAUCCACCUGUUGCCGGUAUGUUUUUUGUUAUCAACAUUGAUGCUUCUCAACAUCCUAAAUUUAACACUGAAUUCAACAAAGAUCCUAAGAAGGUUGAAAAGGCUUUCUACGAAAAAGUUAUCCAAAAGGGUGUUUUGGUUGUUCCUGGUGGCUGGUUUGAAACCACGGGCGAAACUGUUCCACCUCAACCAAAAGAAAGUAAAGUUGUAUUAAAACCAAAUGAAAUCUUUUUUAGAGGUACUUAUGCUGCCGUUCCCUUGGACAAAAUGAAAGAAGGUAUCAAAAGAUUGGGUGUUGCUCUAAGAGAAGAAUUUGGUUUAUAA